AUGUCUGCUCUCGGAAAAUCUGCAACAGGACUGCAGCCACUUCAUCAAACGACAAAUUGGUACUCUUUUAGAGCUAUCGGCGAAGGAAGGUCUUCUACUUUGGUGUCAAAGAAAAACCAGCCCGUACAAGAAUGUCAACGUUCAAAAUUUUCAUAUGAGCUGGAAAGAUGGUCUGGCAUUUUGUGCACUGAUUCACCGACAUCGACCUGAUUUAAUCGACUUUGCUAAACUGUCACGGGACAACCCAUUACACAACCUGAACUACGCAUUCGAUGUCGCUGAGAAGCACCUGGAUAUUCCGCGCAUGCUGGACCCAGAAGAUAUGGUCAACACAGUUAGACCGGAUGAACGCUCUGUGAUGACCUACGUGUCGGCCUAUUAUCACGCGUUUGCCGGAGCCAACAAAGCGGAAUCCGCAACCAGCCGGAUAUCGAAAGUUCUUCGUGCUUGCCAAGACAAUGAACAAAUGAUGGAGCAAUAUGAGCGUCUGGCAUCAGAUCUGUUGGCCUGGAUUAAACAAAAGAUUGAUUUCGUGAAAGAUCGAACGACGGAUGGAACCAUUCCCGGUACCUGUGCCAAACUAGACACCUAUCGUUCCUAUUGCCGCGAUGAGAAGCCCUUCAAGCUGGACGAGAAAGUCACGCUAGAAAAUUUAUACAACACACUACAAACAAGACUUCGAUUAUCGAAUCGUCCAAACUUUUUGCCUGCUGAAGGUCACAUGAUUGCAGACAUCCAGUCAGCGUGGCAACAGUUGGAAAAUUAUGAAAAAGGCUUUGAGGAAUGGUUAUUGGCAGAAAUUAAAAGAUUGGAGCAAAUCGAACAUUUGGCUCGUAAAUUCAGACUCAAGUGCGGUAUUCACGAGGCUUGGUCAUAUGGGAAAGCGGCUGAGCUCGAAAAGCGAGAUUACGAAGGAGCCAGUCUGUCCAGUUUGCGAGCAAUGGCUCAGAAGCAUGACGCCUUCGAAGUUGAUCUCGGAUCACACCAGGACAGAGUGGAGCGGAUUGUGGCCAUUGCUGAGGAGCUAAAUGAACUUGGUUAUGCGGAUGUGGAUUCCGUGAACGCGAGAACGCAACAGAUCGCUAGCGAGUGGGACCGAUUGGGUCAACUGUCGCAGCAACGCAGACACGAGAUCCAUAAAAUCCUGGAUGUUCUCAAUCAACUCGACCAGCUUCACUUGUCGUUUGCGAAGCGUGUGGCGCCUUUCAACACGUGGCUGGAACAGGCACAGGAAGAUUUACAAGAUAUGUUCAUUGUCAACAAAGUGGAAGAUAUCACUGCUCUAAUCAGUGGCCAUGAGAAUUUCAAGCGGACCCUUCCGAGUGCCGAGAAGGAAAUGCGUGCAAUGUUGGACGAAGCACGGCAGGUGCAAGAUAUUGUACGACAACAUCAACUAUCUCCCGAGUGGAUCACUAACCCGUACACAAUGGUGAACUUUCAAACACUGGAAUCUCGGUGGCAGGCGAUGCUCAGCCUGAUUGAAGUUCGCGAUCGUGAACUACAGACCGAGUUGGCCCGACAGGAAGAACACGAACAACUGAGGCGACAGUUUGCGCAACUAGCCAACCGUGCUGGCCCCUAUCUGGAACGCAUGUUGGACUCUGUGCACGCCUUGUUGAGUGCCACUAACAUGGCCCUGGAAGAUCAACUGCAGCGGUUGCAAAGAUUGGAGGAGGAAGUGCAAGAGUGGCACGUCAACAUGGUUGACCUUGAACGCUGGGCCCAGAAAGUAGACGAGGCACGCAUUAUACACAACCCUCAUACACGUUACACGAUGGGAACACUGCGUGUCGGAUGGGAGCAGCUGAGGACCAAUCUGAAGCGCGCGCAAAAUGAGAUCGAGAACCAGAUAUUGACACGCGAUUCUCGUGGUGUGUCGGAGAAACAAAUCGAAGAGUGUCGACGCUGUUUCAAUCACUUCGAUCGUCAACGAACCAGACGUUUGGAGCCGUUGGAUUUCCGAGCAUGUCUACUGUCUCUUGGUUAUAAUAUCCCCAAUACAAAGCAGGGAGAAGCUGACUUCAGGCGAAUUCUGAAAUCGGUUGACCCCAACGGGACCGGAUUUGUGACGUUUGACUCCUUUAUGAAUUUUAUGACAGAUCAGUCCAGGGAAGGCGAUAGUGUGGAACAGAUGAUCGACUCAUUUCGAAUGCUGGCAGAUGACUCGCCGUACAUCACAGCGGAACAGCUGCGCCGUGAACUCCCUCCAGAAGAAGCAGACUACUGUAUCAACAGGAUGAAAGCGUACACUAGUCCCGGAGCUCCUGGUGAUGAAGCUUUGGAUUAUACCCAAUUUGCCACGGAACUGUACGGAGAGUCGGAACUGUGA